GCGCAUGUGCGGCGCGAGGUUCUGCGCCACCAGCUGAUUGGUCCCCGGGACCAUUUCCUUGUUUACAUGCUCGCGCGUCGCGCACUCGCCUCGCGGCUGCGACGGGCUGCGUGCCAUGGCUUUCAUAAAGAAGAAGGAGCGCUCCAAGGAGAGGUUUUCACUGUUGCUCCUGGACUUGGAGGAGUACUAUUUCGAGCAGCACACGGCGUACAAUGUGACCAGGAGCAGCACUACCCAGCCAAGAAAAGUGAGAGGCUCGCUGAAGAUCUGUUCUAAAUCUGUCAUCUUUGAGCCUGAACCGCUUUCUGAGCCCAUUUUGAAGAUCCCGCUCAGAGACUGCCAGAAAAUCGAAGGCGUCGAAGAAAAUGACCGCAAUCCUUUCAACGAUAGCAUGCUGGUCGGGGUCUCCAUUGCUUGCCGGCAGGUGUAUUAUAUCAAGGAGGGCAACGUCGUGGCCCCUUACAGAAUUGAGCGGGGGGACAGCAAUUUCUUCUUCCAGUUGGAGAUACCAAGAAAAACUGAGGAUGUGAUUCAAAUGUUGCUUCAGCUGCACAGAGCAUCAUGUCUUGAUAAGCUGGGAGACCAGACUGCCAUGAUUGCUGCCAUUCUUCAGUCACGUUUGGCUCGAACCUCAUUCGACAAAAACAGUUUUCAAAGCGUUUCUGAAAAGCUGCACAUGGAGUGCGAAGCAGAGAUGGUGUCGCCACUGGUGACCAACCCAGGACAUGUGUGCAUCACCGAUCAGAACCUCUACUUCCAGCCUCUCAAUGGCCACCCGGAGCCGGUGGUGCAGAUCUCACUGCGCAGUGUGAGGCGGAUAUACAAGAGGAGACACGGUCUGAGACCGUUGGGACUAGAAGUGUUCUGCAGUGAAAAUGACCUCUGCUCCGACAUCUAUUUGAAGUUUUAUAACACAAAAGACCGAGACGAGCUGUACUACUACAUCGCCACCUUCCUAGAGAACCACAUGGCGGAGCACACGGCCGAGAGCUACAUGCUCCAGUGGCAGAGGGGCCACAUCAGCAACUACCAGUACCUGCUGCACCUCAACAACCUGGCUGACCGCAGCUGCAACGACCUGUCCCAGUACCCUGUCUUCCCUUGGGUCAUUGCGGAUUACACCAGCGCUGAGCUUGACUUCAGGAACCCUGCCAGCUUCCGAGACCUGAGCAAGCCGGUGGGGGCUCUGAACCCAGAGAGGCUUGAACGCUUGCUGGCUCGCUACAGGGACAUGCCAGAGCCUAAGUUCAUGUACGGAAGCCACUACUCCUCGCCAGGAUAUGUGCUCUUCUACCUGGUCCGAGUCGCUCCAGAGUACAUGCUGUGCCUACAGAACGGGCGCUACGACCACGCUGACCGGAUGUUCAACAGUGUAGCUGAAACAUGGAAAAAUUGCUUGGAGGGAGCAACUGACUUCAAAGAAUUAAUCCCAGAAUUCUACGGGAAUGACACCAGCUUCCUGGAGAACAGUCUGAACCUGAACCUGGGCAAGCGUCAAGGGGGCAGGACUGUGGGGGAUGUGGCCCUACCCCCUUGGGCCUCAGAUGCAACCGACUUCCUGCAGAAGAGUCAGAAGGCUCUGGAGAGCCAGUUCGUGUCGCAGCACCUGCACGAAUGGAUUGACCUGGUCUUUGGGUACAAGCAGAGAGGAAGCGAGGCCAUUGCAGCCCACAAUGUCUUUCACCCUGUGACGUAUGAAGGGAGCAUCGACUGUGAUAGCAUUGAGGAUCCAGACCAGAAGAUUGCUGUCCUGACUCAGAUCUUGGAAUUUGGACAAACCCCUAAACAGCUGUUCACCACCCCCCACCCGCAGAGGAUCACACCCAGGUUCCAAAGCAUGACUCGGACCCCCAGCCAGAACACUUCCUUUAACGAGCUUUCUCCAGCCUCAGUGAGCGAGGAUUCCUCCUUCGAAGACCUCACGGAGGAGAGUAGGAGGCUGGCGUGGAGCAACAUGGGCAAACUGAAGCUGGUAGCCAGCCAUAAGCUCCACAAGGAGGCCAUUACGGGAAUAGCAGUGACUCGUAACGGGGCGUCCGUCUUCACCACAUCUCAAGAUUCCACGCUGAAGAUGUUUUCAAAGGAGUCGGGCAGCUUACAGAGAAGCAUGUCCUUCUCUAACAUGGCGCUGUCCUCAUGUUUGAUCCUUCCGGAAGAUGCCACAGUGGUCUGCUCCUCCUGGGACAACAACGUGUACUUCUAUUCGAUAGCGUACGGAAGACGGCAGGACACCAUAAUGGGGCAUGAUGACGCGGUCAGUAAGAUGUGCUGGAGAGACAACCAGCUGUAUACAGCUUCCUGGGACUCCACGGUGAAGGUGUGGAGGUGCGUUCCAGCCGAUAUAAUGAACAAGAGGAGUCAGUUCCAGUUACUGGCUGAGCUGGAACACGAUGCUGGGGUGAACACGAUAGUCCUCAACCAUGCAGGCACUCUGCUGGCCUCGGGGACAAAGGAGGGAGUGGUCAGCAUGUGGAACACCGGGAGUUUUGUGCUGCUGCAGCAGGUCCCGUGCCACUCCGGCAAGGUCCACGACUUGGCCUUCAGCCCAGACAGCAGGCACGUCCUGAGCGCUGGGGAGGAUUCCUGCCUUAGAGUGCUGGACGUGCAAACGGGCAUGGUCCUCUCUACAGUGGCUACAGAGGAGCCGCAGAGGUGCUUCUGCUGGGAUGGAGAUACAGUACUGUCAGGCACUGUGUCGGGGGAGCUGCUGGUCUGGGACCUCAUGGCUGGAAAGGUCACACACAGGAUCCCUGCACAUACAGGUCCUUUGACAGCCAUGUGGAUGAAUGAGCAGUGCAGUAGUAUUAUCACUGGAGGAGAAGACAAGCAGGUCAUCUUCUGGAAGACCCAGUUCUGAUGAAGGAGCACAGUGCCUUUUCUUCAAAGGGAUCAGAAGGACUUCAUGUGCACGAGACAAAACACGGGACUGAUGUGCCGUACAAACAGGCAGAUGUGGUAUCUACUGUUCGACCAAAAAUUCCAAAAAAAAAAAAAAAAAAAA